AUUGCCAUAUUUGCCAACUUCCGACUUUGGAAGGCGUUUACUCGGUGGCGUAAGGUGAUUCGCUGCAGCAAGGUUGAGCAAUGUCGCCGCUUCCUCGAAGAGAAUCUGUUCAUUGCCAAUUCAUCUCUACGACCGGCAUUGCUGAAUGUUCGUGAGAUGUGCUAUCGCAUUGGCGACAUGGGCCUUUGCAAACUGGAGCGCGGAAGAACGUACACAUUGCUUGAAUUUCUCACCAGUCAAGUUAACCAGCUUAACGAGGUUUUCACUCGACUCGGUGAGUUUCGCGAACUUGUCAAAGAAGUGGUGCGCAGUGCCUGCCGGCUGCGAUUUUUACUUCGCCCGGGUCUCAUCAACACCUCCAGCGAGACUCGAAUCCGGGAAACGGAGCGUAUACUUCACAUUGCAAUGAAUGCGCUGCAUUACCUGAGCUUGAUUCUCGCUGGGGGUGCAGAUUAG